AUGGUGGAGCCUAGUUUGGGGGAUGAAUUUGUCCAUUUGCACUUGGACAGAGAAAGGAGCUUUGGCCACAGGGAUCACUUCCCAGUGCAGCAGAAGUUUGGGAAAGGGGACUUGCACAAGGAGCAGCAUCCGCAGAUCCCUCCAGACCACGGUGGACACGGAGCAGGAGAUAACGCCGGGCAGAUAAAAGCCUGGCACGGAGGGGCCGGGGGAGGGAGGACACGGCACAUCACGGGUGAGAGCCUGCCCGGGGCACUUCUCUGGGCUGUGGGCAUGGAAAUUCCCAUCCACCUGGCUCUUGGUCUUCUUCACUUCUUGCAUUCCUUUGCAGGGAUGAAGGCAGGAACCUUCCCGGGGUUGCUGGUGAUCCUCAGCCUCUUCCAGGCACCUGUAUCCUCUUCCCACGAUGUGCUGGAGGAGCUGUCGGACACGUCCCUGCUGAGCAGUGUGGCCGAGGCCAAGCGCCUGGUGGACGUCGCCUACAAGCGCACACGGGACCGCAUCAAGCAGCGCCUGCAGGACGAUGCCUUGAGCCCGGCAGAGCUCCUGAGAUACUUCAAGCAGCCUGUGGGGGGGACCCGGGCGGCCGUGCGGGCGGCAGAUUAUGUGCAGACCACCCUGAGCCUCCUCAAGGAGAAGCUGAGAUGGGCUGUGAGGGGGGACUUCAACGUCACAGAUUUACUGACUCCAGCUCAGCUGGGGAUGAUUUUCAAGGCCAGUGGAUGUGACCAGCAGGAUAAGAAAAUAAAUUGUGCCUCUUCCCGCUACCGAACGAUCACCGGCGAGUGCAACAACAGGAGGCACCCAACCCUAGGAGCCUCCAACAGAGCCCUGGCCAGGUGGCUGCCAGCACAGUACGAGGACGGCGUGUCCAUCCCCCUUGGGUGGACAGAGGGAAGGCGCUUCUAUGGGUUCCCUCUUCCCCUGGUCCGGCGGGUGUCCAACGAGAUCGUUCGCUUCCCACCGGAGCGGCUCCGGCUGGACCAGCGCAGGUCCCUCAUGUUCGUGCAGUGGGGGCAGUUCAUUGACCACGACCUGGAUUUCAGUCCAGAAACCCCAGCCAGGUUCAGCUUUCGUGGUGAGACAGACUGUGACACCAGCUGUGCCAAGAAGCCUCCUUGCUUCCCCAUCCAGAUCCCACCCAACGACCCCCGAAUCACCAACAGGAGGGAUUGCCUGCCUUUCUUCCGCUCUGCCCCUGCCUGUACCCCGGGCAGGGGGGUCCGGGAGCAGGUCAAUGCCCUCACCUCGUUCCUGGAUGGCAGUGUGGUGUACGGCAGCGAGGUGGCCGUGGCCAACCGGCUGCGGGACCGGAGCCGCGGGCUGGGCCUGCUGGCUGUGAACCAGAACUUCACCGACAGGGGCAGGGCCUACAUGCCCUUUGGGCCCAUGAGGAAGGAGCCCUGUCUCAAGGCCAGUGGGGCAGCUCGAAUCCCUUGCUUUUUUGCAGGUGACACCAGAGCCAGCGAGAUGCUGGAGCUGGCCUGCAUGCACACGCUCUUCCUGCGGGAGCACAACCGCCUGGCCGGGCAGCUGAAGAGGCUCAAUCCCCACUGGAAUGAUGAGACCCUCUACCAGGAGGCACGAAAGAUCCUGGGAGCCAUGAUCCAGAUCAUAACCUACAGGGACUACCUGCCUCUCCUGUUGGGAUGCAGGUUCCAGCAUCUGAUUCCUCCUUACCGGGGCUACAACGAGUUUGUGGAUCCUCGGAUAUCCAACGUCUUCACCCUGGCCUUUCGCUUCGCCCACGCUUCAAUUCCCCCCACUGUGGGUCGCCUAAAUGAGAGUUACAAGCCCAUAACACCCGAAAUUCGACUUGGAACCUCCUUCUUUGCCGUCUGGAGGAUCCUUCAAGAAGGUGGGAUCGAUCCCUACCUGCGGAACCUGAUGGCCAGUCAGGCCAAGCUGAUGACGCAGCAGCAGAUGGUGGUGGAUGAGCUGCGGGACCGGCUCUUUGAGCGGGUGGAGAGGAUUGGCUUCGACUUGGCCGCGCUCAACAUGCAGCGGAGCAGAGACCACGGCCUGCCAGGUUACAACUCCUGGAGAAGAUUCUGUGGGCUCUCACAGCCUUCUGGAGUGAAGUCCCUUGGUCGAGUGUUGAGGAAUCAGGACCUGGCCAGGAAGUUCCUACAGCUCUAUGGGACCCCCAAUAAUAUUGACAUCUGGAUUGGGGCCCUUGCAGAGCCCUUUGUGGAGGGAGGCAGAGUUGGGCCUCUCAUGGCUUGUCUCAUUGGCACCCAGUUCAGGAACAUCCGUGAUGGGGACAGGUUUUGGUGGGAGAACCCUGGGGUUUUCACGCCUCAGCAACGCCAGGCACUGGCCAAAAUCUCCCUGUCACGAAUAAUUUGUGACAACACCGGCAUCACUAAAGUUUCAAGGAACAUCUUCAGGGCUAACAGGUACCCCGAGCACUUUGUGAGCUGCAGUCAGAUCCCAAAGCUGGACCUCAGACCCUGGAAGUCACCGUGCACCAAGGAGCAAGAUGCUGCCUGA